AUGCAAGGUCUACUACUGAGCCUGGGGGCUUUAGCCCUCGCCGGCUCUGCCAGCGCUGACUCCAAGCGCAACUACCCCGUUGCGCCUGAGCCAUACCCAACAUACCCGGGUUACCCGACGUACCCCGAGAGCUCGACCUCAACUGAAGUCAGCACUCCGUCUUCGUCAACUUACCCCGUGAGCUCCUCCACGUCUGUUUCCGUCCCAGGAUACCCGACAUACCCCGAGUCAAGCUCUACAUCAAGCUUUGAGGUAACGAGCUCAGCUUCCGCUUCAUCCUCGUCUGCUGUCACAUCCUCUUCAGCCGUCAGCUCCUCUUCGUCUAUUCCGGGAUACCCAUCGUACCCUGAGUCCAGCUCCACCUCAAGCUUUGAGGUGACGAGCUCAGCUUCAGCUUCGUCUUCAUACGUCGUCAGCUCUAGCUCAGUUUCAUCCGCUGUCAGCUCUUCUACGACUAUCCCAGGAUACCCGACGUACCCGGAGUCAAGCUCUACGUCGAGUUUUGAGGUGACGAGUUCCGUUCCGGCUUCAUCCUCGUCCGCCACGUCUUCGUCCGCUGCCAGCUCCUCUACGUCCGUUUCGGUUCCUGGAUAUCCGACAUACCCCGAGUCGAGCUCUACUUCAAGCUUUGAGGUGACUAGCUCCGCUUCGGCUUCGUCGUCGUCUGCUGUCACAUCCUCGACUGCUGUUACCUCUUCCGUUGUUACUUCUUCAUCCGCUGUCAGCUCCUCUACGUCCGUUUCCGUUCCCGGAUACCCAACGUACCCUGAAUCGAGCUCCACUUCAAGCUUUGAAGUAACAAGCUCAGCUUCUGCUUCGUCUUCUUACCCGGUCAGCUCCAGCUCUGCCUCUUCGUCCGAGAUCUCCAGCUCCAGCUUCAGCGAGGCGACAUCUUCCACGUCCGUCCCCUCGUACCCGAGCAGCUCAGUUUCAGUCUCAAUCUCGAGCUCCGAGAGCAGCACUCCUUCCUCCAGUGCUAUCACUCUAUCGACCUCAUCUGUUCCGUCGUACCCAACUUACCCCACCGGCGGUGCCAGCUCGUCCUCGUCUGAAAUUAGCUCCACCUCAAGCUUCGUCCCCAGCAGCAGCUCCGUUGUAGUCUCUUACCCCACCGCUCCCACCACGCUUCCCACUGGUGUUUCUAGCACUUCGGGUACUGCCCCUACAACUCUGCCCACUGGUGUGUCUUCCUCCAGUGUAUCCGUGUCUUCUGGUACCACCACUCUUCCGACUGGCGUUUCUUACAGCGCAUCAGUUCCUACCGGUUCUACCUCUGUCUCUACCGCGACCCUGAGCUCCACCAGGUACACUACUUCCACUAUCUACACGACGACCAGGUACACCGUUACUUCUUGCGCCCCUACUGUCACCAACUGCCCGGGUACUCCUCACGUCACUACUGAGACCGUCCCUCUCACUACCACAGUAUGCCCUGUAACGUCUACAUCGGAGACUGCCACUGUUCCCGGAUAUCCCACCUCCAACACUUCCGAGGAGCACCCGACCACCAGCCCGACUAAGGGACUCCCGUCUUCCAGCCCCACUGCUCCUGGCUACCCUACGUCUGUCCCAACUACGGAGUUCUCUACCUCGACCAUCUACUCGACCACCAUCCGCACUAUCACUUCUUGCGGACCCGAGGUUACCAACUGCCCCGGCAAGCCUGGCAAGCCCCACACUACCACUGAGACCAUCUCUGUUGGUACUACCGUCUGCCCUGUGACCCCGACCGCGACUCCUACCGUCACUAAGACUCUCACCCCUUACCCCACCGGUCCCGUCGAGACCCCUGGCGAGACCCCUUACCCCACUGGACCGGUUGAGACUCCGGGUGAAACCCCCUACCCUACCGGUCCGGUCGAAACCCCCGGCGAGACUCCCUACCCCACUGGCCCAGUCGAGACACCCGGUGAAACACCUUAUCCCACUGGCCCGGUUGAGACCCCUGGAGAGACACCCUACCCUACUGGUCCGGUCGAGACUCCGGGUGAGACUCCUUACCCAAGCGAGACUUUCACUCCCUACCCGACUGUAACUCUCACCCCUUACCCGACCAAGUCUUUCUCGCCCUUCCCGACUUUCACCUCCACGCCUUUCCCCACUGGAUACCCGACCGGCCCCAGCAGCUUGACCACAUCUAUCAAGACCCCGCCGCCGUACCCUACCAUCGUGCCCAGCGUCAGCACCGAGGUACCUCAGCCCCCUGCCGGCACUGGUAGCCCCGUCCCUCCCCCGGCCCAGUCUUCCACCACCCCCGGCUACCCUACCAUCCCGACCGCCGCUGCCGCUCACGUGGAGCGUGGUUUCGGAUUCGUGGUCGCCGCCGCUGUCGCUGCUGCUCUUCUGUAA